GAAGAACUUUCGGCGAAUGAAGAACUCACCGUGGAAGAAGUCGAAGAACAAGGACAUGAAAAAGGGGAAGGGGAAUACGAAGAGAACCUCCACACCCCCGCGGGAACUAGCACCAUCGGUGAUCAAUUCGACAAUCUAGGUCCUCAUCCCAGUAUCGACCCCGGUGUAACAUGCCCCUGGCCAGGACAAACAUUUGUCUUUCGUGAUCAUCUAACAAAAAGGGUAAUCACACUAGAAGAUGGCAAUUUGGUAUUACGACCUAACGGGAGAAGCUCUGAUCGUGGCAGUCAUUGGCGCUGCGAGCAGAGCAAGUCGUUGUGGCUGGGCUUCCGCAAUGCUGUGUCUGGUACCUACAUUGGUCGCGACGGCAAUGGAAAAAUUGCCACGAGCGCAAAGGAUCACCUUCAGUUGGGAAGCUUUUGCACCCGACAGCUACAGGCUGGAGAACACGUGCUAUUAGUGAAAUACUAUGAUGAUCUUCUUCCUUUGGUAUAUGAUUUUAAAGAUCUUGAAUUUAGAGUUGGUAACAAGGGAGAUAUGGAGAGAUUUAGAGCCUGGGAAUUCAUUAAAACACCCAAAGACAGUAUCGCCUUCGCAAGAAGUCCCACCAAAACCAAAAUGACCACCGAAAUACAAACCCAGCGGGCUCUUUAUCAAGAGGUCUAUGGAGAACCACUUGUUGUGAAGAACUUGGAAAUACCAAAGGCAACACCAGGAAGUGUGAUCGUCCGUAUCGCUGCAGCUGGAGUCAUCACAUACAUGAAGGACAUCUACAACGGAAAACGCCAGCAUCCUUAUCCAACACCAAUAAUCCCGGGAAGUUGUGCCGUUGGUCGCGUGGCUGAACUGGGUGCUGAUUCAACCAGUUUGAAAGUCGGAGACUUGGUUUUUAUUGACCCUGUGAUCCGUGGCCGUGACGGAACCGGCGACAUUUUUCUUUUCGGCGUCCACAGGGGUCAUUCGGACGGUGGUCGCAAGUUGAUGGAAGGUGAAUGGCGUCACGGAACGUUCGCGGAGUAUGCGAAAAUUCCUAUAGAGAACUGCGCCCCUAUCGAUGAGAAGUUAUGCUGUGGAUCCACAGAAGAAGGAGGUCUUGGUUACCAGGUGUCAGAUCUGGUUGACCUUGGGCGGCUGCUGGUCCCGUUUGGCGGACUCAGGGAUAUCGAGCUCCAGCCAGGCCAGACCGUAAUCGUGGCACAACCAACGGGUGGAUUUGGCUCAGCUGCAGUCCAAGUAGCCUUGGCCAUGGGCGCAAGAGUGAUUGCCAUGGGCCGAAAUGCUUCCAAGCUCGAAAACGUUGUCCGUCAAAUGGCGCCAUUUACGCGGCCGGGCAUGUUGGAGACCGUGACGAUUUCCGGGAGUGUUGAGACGGACGUGAAAAACUUGCAAAAGUUUCGACCCAUUGAUGCGUUUUUCGAUAUUUCUCCAGAUGAGGCAAUCAAUUCCUCUCAUUUCAAAGCUGCCAUCUUGUCACUGCGCCAGGAAGGACGCGUGAGCCUUAUGGGUGGGUUUAGAUCUGACGUUCCGAUCCCACACUCAAUGAUCAUGCAUGCGAAUAUCCGUUUGCAGGGAACAUGGAUGUGUACUCGGGCCCAAGUCAGAGAGGGCAUUAAACUGGCCGAAAGGGGACUGCUGAAACUUAGUGGCUCGACUCCUAAGGAAUUUGCCCUUGAGGCCUGGGACGAGGCGUUUGACAUGGAGACGCCUCUACACCCUUAUUUCCCUCUUGGGAUUCAUAUUCCCGGCUACGUGGCGAAUGUCAACUCAUUACCAUCGUUGCUUGGCCAAUUUGCGUUGCUCUGGGCAGUUGUCAUGGCUGUCGCAUGGCUGGGUAUUAGCCGUAUCCGACCCUCCAGCAGCACUGCAGACCGACUGGCUUGUGUAUGGUUCUGUCUAACUGCAUCGAUCCAUCUCUUCUUUGAAGGCUACUUCGUUGUCAACCACACGACAAUCGGAGGAGCUGACCAUCUUUUUGGCGAGCUUUGGAAGGAGUACUCACUUUCUGAUUCGAGAUACCUGAGAUCCGACGCAUUUCUUGUUUCCAUGGAAUCCAUUACAGCUGUUUUCUGGGGUCCUCUUGGCUUCUUCAUUGCCUAUUCUAUCGCUGUCCAGCAUCCUGCGCGAUACGCUUUACAGAUUGUCAUCUCGCUGGGACAAAUUUAUGGUGAUCUUUUAUACUACGCCACCAGCCUGUUUGAUCUGUUCCAUUACGGAGUCGAGUUUUCGCGGCCAGAAAAUUACUAUUUCUGGGUAUAUUACUUUUUCAUGAACUUUAUUUGGAUCGUGAUUCCGACAUACUAUUUGAAGGACGCUCUGAACGAGGUCAUUUCGGUCUUUCGAAAGGCAGACCAGGUGGAAAAAACGCGCAGGGCUCAAUAG